CGCUGCACGCGCGCUUCAGCUCGCGAGCGCAGACGAGGCUCGUUUAAUAUUCUGUGCACAAGGCAAAGGAGGGAGAAGGGAGGGAGAACAGAGAGUGAAAUAUAGAGAAAAAACGAGGCUGUGAAGACAGGCGAAAACAUAGAAAGAGAGGAGGAAGAGGGGAGCGGAGAGACAUCUCCGCUGUCCCUUUAGGGCUACCCUUUGGCAUCCGUUUGUCCCAGGAGUCCAAGCUAUUAGUGAGUGAUUGUGGACUUACCAAUGGGUUUAACAACCAUUAAAGCUUUCAAUUAAUGGUCAUAAAGAGACCUUCUUCACUCCUUGCUGGAAAUUUGUCUUUCUGGAUCCGCAUGGUAGAUCAGAAACUCGCCUGACUCACCCUUUCCAUUGAAGCGCCGUCCAAUUGGUGUGGGCGGUGAGGCUGCGCCGUGAUUGGUUGAGUGCAGGGUGGGUGUGCGAUGCGGAUUGGAGGAUGUCGGGGGACUGGGAAGACGACCUUUGUAAGAAGGCGUUGGUGCUGGUGGAGGAACUGUGCUUCCGGUCUGGAGGCUUCAGCCAGAGUGCGAGCUGCCAAGAGUUUAGCUACAUGAUGAGAGGACCUAACAGACAAAUGAAUACAGAGAUCUCCGUGAGUCUGCUCUCCGUCAUUGUAACGUUCUGUGGCAUCGUGCUGCUCUCCGUCUCGCUCUUCGUGUCCUGGAAGCUUUGCUGGUUGCCAUGGAGAGAUAAGGAAGGAGGAGGUCUGAGCUUGACGUCAGGGCUUCUGCCUGGUGGUGUGGGUUUGAGUGGGGUUGGGGGUGGAGGACCGUCGCUCCUCCCUCCUCUCCUGCAGAGGAAGGACACUCCCUCCUCUUCCUCGCUAUAUCCUUCACUUUCCCAGCAUGGACAGCACCACCCCCAUUUCUCCGACCUGAUGGGAGUGGAGGGCGGAGGGGGCUUGGUAGUAGGGGGUGUGGUUAGGGGUCCGCAGGAGAUGCAGGAGCACUCCUACCUAGACAUGGAUUCUUAUCCCAACAAUGCUGCGAAUAUUAAGUUGAGCCAGACAUCUCCUGAGUUGCCCCCGGCAACAGAAGGAGGCUCAGCUGCAAAAGACCUGCCCAAUGCCCACUCCCAGCAGCAGGUCACCACCAGGCCCAAGCCCAUUACUCACCAGCUCUCCAGCCCUGAUUUCCACGGUGAGGAGAAGAGUGAGCAGCUGACCAGCAUCGGGCAGAUCAAACCAGAGCUCUAUCGGUUGCGCCAGGGAGACCAGGGAGAUGGCAAACAGGGCGAUACCUGUGGCAAAAUCAGCUUCCUCCUGCGCUACGCCUUUAACACGGAGCAGCUGGUAGUUAAGAUACUGAAAGCUUUAGACCUCCCGGCGAAGGAUGCCAAUGGAUUCUCAGAUCCCUAUGUCAAGAUCUAUUUACUACCUGAUCGGAAGAAGAAAUAUCAGACCAAGGUGCACAGAAAAACUCUCAACCCUAUCUUUAAUGAGACGUUCCAGUUUGGCGUGCCUCUGGGUGAACUGCACUCACGCAAGCUCCACUUCUCCAUCUAUGACUUUGACCGCUUCUCCAGACAUGACCUCAUAGGUCAAGUGGUGGUAGAUAACCUGCUUGACUUCAGCGAGGGAACUGGCGAGAAGCCUAUUUGGAGAGACAUUGUGGAAGGCACCACGGAGAAAGCUGACCUGGGGGAGCUGAACUUCUCACUGUGUUACCUGCCAACAGCUGGUCGACUAACCAUCACCAUCAUCAAGGCCACCAAUCUGAAAGCCAUGGACCUCACAGGCUUCUCAGAUCCAUACGUAAAGGCAUCUCUGGUUUGUGAGGGUCGAAGGCUGAAAAAGAGGAAGACCUCCAUAAAGAAGAAUACUCUCAAUCCCACAUAUAAUGAGGCUCUGGUCUUUGAUAUCCCAAACGAGAACAUUGAGAAUGUGUCUCUAAUCAUCGCUGUCAUGGACUAUGACUGUAUUGGUCAUAAUGAGGUGAUCGGGAUGUGCCGUGUGGGCAGUGAUGCUGAUGGACCGGGAAGGGAGCACUGGACGGCCAUGCUGGCAAAUCCCCGCAAACCUAUUGAACACUGGCACCAGCUGGUGGAGGAGAAAUCCAUAACAACAUACGUGUCAAAGAGUGCUACAGCCUCUCCAAAGCCACACAUAUUGGUGGACAGUCCUCACUCUGAGUAGAGAUGUCAGAAUUCUCUUUUUAUCAACAGAAUUACAUUCUUUCUUUUCACCUGUGAAUACUUCUUCAUCAAGAAAGGACCAGAGAAGAGAGACUGUGCUUGUGUGUGUGCUUUUCCUCGAAGUCGACUCUGCAGACCCAACCAUCACAAUAUAUAGAUUACACCAACUAAACUAGACUUGAAACAUACACACACUAACAGACGCAAUCAAACACAUGGAAUCAAAACAAAAACUGGCAUGGAUGGUAUUGCUACAUGUUAAAGACAAAAAGACAAAAUAUGUAAUGAUUUAUUCAGGGGAACUAUGACGAACAUUCCCAGUUUAAAAGUAGAUUAUUUAUAUUUAGUUAUAUAAAAGUGAGCCUAAAACAUUUUUAGUACAUAUAUAUAUAUAUAUAUAUAUAUAUAUAUAU